GUGUUCCAGCCCUCCGAUCAUUUUCAAUGAUUCAAAUGUGAAGUUACUUGGACACUGUUCAGUGGUCUAAAAGCCCAAAUAGAAACUGUUCCACAUAUGAGAUUUUUCCAGACCAACCUCUUCUAAUUGCUCACCACUGUCCCCUCUUCACAAGUCAUGGCCACCUCGCUUAUGCUCUUCUACCUGAUCUGGUGUUCUCCUCUUUCUAGCAAAAGUCUAAUCUGCCUCCAGCCUCAGGCCCUGAGGACAUAACAGCUGUGAAGGUCUUCUAGGAUACCACCCAUUGCCACCUCCAGCAGUCUCCUGUCUUCUCCUCACAACUUUCCACUGCACAGUAACAUUCUGUGAUGACAGCAGCUUUUGUGGCAUUCCCAUGUUUAAGCCCACCAAAAUGUAAUCUGAAUGCAAGGUCACAUGAAAUCACAGUCCAAUGGUAUGCAAUCUUCAAAGUUGGAUUUCACAGGCACAGGGGAAAAGGAGGUCACCAGCUAUGUUUGCUGUGCUGGAAGCUUCAAAAGAUGGUGCAUGACAUCAAGAAAAAUGAAAGUGGGAUAAUAAACAAGUUCAAAAAGUUCCAAAAUGAACAAGUGGCCUUAAUUUGCAAAACUGGGAAAGAUACUUGGGAUCGCCUUAAAAAAAAGCCACCACCAAGUCUACCACAAAGGGAUUAUGCUACAGAACAUGCAGACAAUGAAGAGGAACAAUGGUCAGAUGAUUUUGACAGUGAUUAUGAAAAUCCAGAUGACCACUCUGACUCUGAGAUGUAUGUGGUCCCCAGUGAAGAGAAUCCUGAUGACAGCUAUGAGCCACCUCCAAGUGAGAAGGAGAAAAAGAAGAUUCCCUCUGCUUUUCCUAUUUCUAGGGGUGAAUAUGCAGACAAUCGCACCAGUCACCAGCAGCUUCCUCCCAUCAACAAACCUCUUCCAAGUACACCCAGUCCAGCCAUGUCCAGACCAAAGAAACCAUGUGUGCCAUCCCUGCCACUGCCUUCUCCUGCUGCAAAACCAAAAGUACCACCAAAGCCUAAGGAGUGUAGUGAUGAUGAGGAUAAUUACAUUGUGCCAGUGGACAAUGAUGACGAUAACUAUAUUGAACCCACAGAAAGCAGCAUGUCACUACCUACAAAAUCUCCUGGGAACAGAUUUAUGAAGACUGUAACAAAGCCAGGCCCCCCUACUUCUCCAAAGCCUUCUCUUACUUCUGAUAUGCAAGAAGUCUACGAGGUUCCUGAAGAAGAGGAAAAACCAUCACCCCCACCACCACCGGUAGCCAGGUUCACUAAGCCACUUCUGUCUAUGCCUGCUAAGAAUACAGAGCACUCCCACAUGCACAGUAUGACCAGAGAGCCACCUAAACAGGAGACUUGCAGAAAUAUUUUGCCUCUUCCCAGAAGUCGUCUUCAUCCAAAACCAGACCACGAAGCAAACAGUAAUGAUGAGAGUCAGAGAUUCAAUAACACACAAGAAUCCAGAUUUCUGCCUGGCGCAACUCCAUCUCCAUUACCAAGGGGCCUCAAGAAAACUUCUAAUGUGGUAAAUUCACCAAAACCAUGUUUACCUUCCAGAGAGAUCUUAACUGCAAAUGAAGAAAAACCUACAGCAGCAGAACGACGACGAAGUUCCAACCAAGAGCUUCCACUUCCACCCCUUCCAAGUGGUGCACAGAAGCCUCUGCUCCAAAAGUUCUCAAUUCUGCCAAAAGUGCCAGAAGCUGCAAACCGUUCUCUGGGCCCUUCCCCUCAAAGCAGCACUUCAUCUAUCACAAGUUCUGCAGACCAGGAUGCUGGUGUUCACAGUAAAGCAUGGUAUGCUGCUACCUGUGAUAGGAAAAUGGCAGAAGAUGCAUUGUACCGAUCAAACAAGGAUGGAUCUUUUCUAAUAAGAAAGAGUUCUGGACAGGACUCACAGCAACCAUACACACUGGUUGUGUUUUACAACAGAAGAGUGUACAACAUCCCUAUACGAUUUAUUGAAUCAACAAGACAAUAUGCACUGGGCAGAGAAAAAAGUGGUGAAGAGCGCUUUGACAGUGUUGCUGAAAUAGUAGAGAAUCAUCAGCGCACCUCCCUGGUUCUAAUUGACAGCCAAAACAACACAAAAGACUCAACAAAACUGAAACACAUUGUAAGAGUUUCUUAA